GAACGAAUCAAGCGAAUUAACGUUAAUAACAAACUAUUUAGACAAUGUCAUGAAAAAUGUUUUCCAUGUCCCUGACAAACAUAUAGUUCGAUGGCCAAACACGACCUUAACAGAAAGCAAAGUAAGGAAAUUCGAUGGGUCAAGGACGAAACAGCCAGAUUUUGUUGUUUCAGUCAACUAUCAGUCACGGGCAACAAAUGUGAUCUUUGUUGGUGAGGUAACUGGACCAACUGAGAAAAAUAAUGUAUACAAAAAUUGCCUUGACUUAAUCAGGAUUGGAGUUUUCAUGAAAGACUGUAUUGACUCGGCAAUUUCUCAAGGAGUAGACAUCAAGAUAUUGGGGUUUCAAUGCAUCGCAUAUAAAAUAGAUUUUUAUAUACUAGAUAUAAAUGGGGAAGGACUUUACAUGAUGAAUCAUAUUGCGCAGAUAUCAGUACCUGCAACUAUAAAGGACAUAUGUAGCUUUAUAGAUGAACUUUAUAUUUUAUUAAACCUACGGAGUAUCUUAUAUGAGUCUUAUAAUGCUUUUGUUGAUAAACUUAAAAAUCCAAGAUUAGCUCCCCUAGAACUUAAAUCAUCCUUCAAAAAACCAACACUAGACACUCCUGAGUUUAACAAACUCGUUAGCAAAACUCGUUGCGUCAAAAGAGAGUGUCCAUUUUGGUUUGGACGAUACAAGUAUGUAUUUUCUUUCCAAAAUAACUUGAAAUUUACGAUACUAAUUCUUAUUGCAAUUGUAGAUGAUAAUAAUUCACCAUCUGAAGAACAUGGUGCCAGAUUUACGAAUCUAGAACAGAAAGAUAAAGAAAAAACCAACCUUAUUGCUAAACUUGAGCAGAACGAUAAAGAAAAAACGGAUCUUAUAGCUAAAUUGGAAUAUGACGUUUCACUAAUUAAAGGACAAGACAAGAGUAUGGUGUGCAAUCAAAUCGUUACUAAUGUUUCGCAAGAUGUAGAACCUAGAAUCUCUGAUUCAUAUCCUGACACUUACAUAUCUAAUAUUAAAUCUAGUAUUCCUCCCGAGCAGAAAAAGGAGCAAGGUUUAAUACAAGAGAUUUCAACAUCCAUUAAAGAUCAGAAUGAUAUAACUAGAAUUUCACAGAACAAUAUUCGUCAAAAUCAUAUGACUGAA